AUGUCCUCUUCAGAAGACGAAGAUAUCCGGCGUCCGGGAUGCAGCACCGAUGCUAGUCGAGUCCACACCGCGUCUGCCAGCGAACAGGCCGACACCCCAGAUGCUCCAAACGGAGGCGCAGAGAGCCCUCUAGGGUCCGAUGCAGACAAACUGAACGGCGCCAAUGACGACGACGAUGACGAUCUCUUUGGCUCCGGGUCAGAUGGAGGGCUGGAUGAGUAUGGUUUCUUUUUCACCAGACGUCCCCGUCGAACCCUGGACGACGAAGAGCUUGACUCCGGAGAUGAUGAGGAUCGCUUUGACCGAGCUGGCCAGCGCAUGGAUAUUGAUGAAGGAGAAGAUGCCAUUUACGGAGAAACUCUCAAAGUUAUGGACAUAAGCUUAGGCCGGGCGCCUGAGCCCAAGUCCAGCAACGAAGAGAUCUACACCAUGGCGAUUCCCAACUUCCUUUCCCUCGAAACGGAAGAAUUCAGACCAGAUACCUACGUCGCGCCACCCUUUGCCACUGCGUCCACCUCUCUUUGUUGGCGAUAUGAUCCCAAUGACCCGUCACGUCUGCAGUCCAAUGCCCGGAUCAUCCGCUGGGAGGAUGGUUCCAUGACUCUGCAGCUGGCAUCCAACCCGCGGGAGCAGUAUAGAAUUGCCACUAAGCCUUUGGCGCCUCUCAGCAAGUCGGGUAACUAUGAGCCUGAACUGGACACUCACACCUACUUGGCAGCUGCUGCCGAAACUUCAUCAGUGUUCCGAAUCACAUCCCACCUCACGCAUUCCUUGACGGUGCUCCCAACGGACAUGGAUACCGACGAUGCUGUUCAGCGUCUUCGGGAGUCGCUCGCGGCAGCUUCGCGUGCUGGCAAGAAGGGAGACAAAGGCGUCACCAUCAUUGAAGUCAAAGAAGAUCCGGAGCUGGCGAGUAAACGGGCGGAAUUGGCCGAGAAAGAGAAGCUCAAAGCCGAUCGCAGACGCCAGGCGCUUGCCGAGAGGGAACAGAAUCGCACAAGUCGUCGUGGUGGAUAUCGAUAUCCUGCUGGUGGUCUCACUGUGGGUGGCCUGGAGGAUGAAGACGGCAUGGCGACAACCAGGGCACGCCCCGCGAAGAAGCCGCGUGCUAACCGCCGGGGGGAGAUCUACACGGACGAAGAGGAGGAGUACGAUCGGCGGGGCCGCGGCAGACGAGACGAAUACGACGAGGACGACGGAUUCCUCGUUGGAAGCGACGAAGAGCCGGAAGUCGUGGAGGAUGAUGAGGAGGAGGAAGAAGAGCUGCCGGAUGAGGACAUGGACGCGGAGGGUGAGGAGGACGGGGACGUCCGUCCUGCUACCGCACGGCAAGAGAGGGAGUCGGCGUCGCCCAAGAGAAAGAGCCCCGGUGAAGCCGGUGGUGCUGGGUCGCCGCCUGCCAGAAAGAAGCAUCGUUACGUGGUGGAAUCUGAUGAGGACGAGUAG